CAUUUCAUUUUAAACCACAGAUUUAAGAGAGAAGAUCUGAUCACCUGGAAUUAAAGUUGGUACAGAAACCUCUUCCAUUCCAAGCAUGUUGGAGGAAGAUAUGGAAGUGGCCAUCAAGGUGGUGGUCGUAGGGAAUGGAGCGGUUGGAAAAUCAAGUAUGAUUCAGCGGUAUUGCAAAGGCAUUUUUACAAAAGACUACAAGAAAACCAUUGGAGUUGAUUUUUUGGAGCGACAAAUCCAAGUUAACGAUGAAGACAUUAGGCUGAUGCUGUGGGAUACGGCGGGUCAGGAGGAAUUUGAUGCCAUAACGAAGGCCUACUACCGAGGAGCCCAGGCUUGCGUGCUUGUCUUUUCCACCACAGACAGGGACUCUUUCGAAGCAAUCUCCAGCUGGAGAGAGAAGGUGGUGGCUGAAGUUGGAGACAUCCCAACCGUCCUUGUGCAAAACAAGAUUGACCUCCUGGAUGACUCUUGUAUAAAGAAGUAAGUAAGGGGUCUGCUCUUGAGGGGGCAGUGGUAGUUCUACAGGGUGAAUGUUAAGAAAAACGUUUUUGUUUUUGCUUUCAUUCUAGUUUUUAAAUAUUUGGCAGAAAAAUACCUUCAAAAACUUAAACAACAGAUAGCUGAGGGUCCAGAGUCGGUGCAUUCAAGUAGGAACAAGAUUGGUGUCUUUAGCGCAUCUGGUGGAAGUCACUUGGGUCAGAAUUCAAGCACCCUUAAUGGUGGAGAUGUCAUCAAUCUUAGACCCAACAAACAGAGGACCAAGAAAAACAGAAAUCCUUUUAGCAGCUGUAGCAUACCCUAAAACAUCUUAGGGAGAAAGAGGAUUGAAUUACAUUGUGCGGCAAGACGGACAUCCGGCUGUCGUGGUAUGUGACACGAUUUCGCAGCAGACUUUGCACUCAGUGGCUCUCUGGAAGUUGACGGGCUUAAUUGUUCCGCAGUGCUUUUCAGGAUGGAGCAAGAUCUUUGGUGGAAAACUUACUGCCCUGUGGACUCAUUUUAAUUUUUUUUUACAUUAGACGAAGCUUCUCCUGUUUUUGAAGGAAUGCUAUAAGAAAUAGCAGAAACAGGUUUUGCUGAAUUUUAAAUGCUGGAAAACAUAAAGGAAAUGCCUAAAUACAUUGGUACAGAUUUUAAUAUUAUGGGCCAAGGAAAGACAGCGAGCCUUCUUUCUCUGAGAUUGGUCAUCUCGCUUUUCGGGAAAUGGUAUUGGAUCUGAACACUUACAGAAAAUGCUACCGAAAGGUAACCCUCUGAUCUUGCCAGAGUGCGUCCGUGUGUACUCUGGCGAUGUCCCUUGUGCAAUAUCCGUAGACGCUAGAAUGUGGGGUGCGCACGCCGACGCCUGGUACUGAAGUGAGCUGGAGGGGAGUGUGGUGUUUAAGGACACGUAGACUCUCAUUCAUUCAUUCAUAGAACCAUUGACCAUUCUGUCUUUAUUUUUAAUAAGAAAUUCCAGACAUAUAUUUUGCAAAGUGAGCUCAGAUUUUAAAAGUGCUUUGUGCCAAAAAAAUCAUACCUAAUUUUCAGUGCUUUACCUGAAUUUGUACUGUUUAUAAAGUCUUUUAAGAGCAGUUUUCCUCUCUGCCAGGGUGGAUGACAGGAGGAUAAAUGUCUUAGUGCUGGAGCAGCUCCCAGGUGGGACUGGCCUUCCGCACGCCUGGCGGGUCCUUCAGGAGAGACGCAGUGGCCGCGGGGACUCCCCAUCCUGUGCGUUCGGCCGCGCCCCCAGCACCUUUUGCUGCUGACAAUGCAACUUUGAACUUAUAGGAUUAUGCUAACAAUUUUAUAAAAUGCACAAGAAAUGAUCUGUUGUCUUAAUCCUUAUGACGGAUUUUAUAACGCCCUGCAACACUAAAGCAUCUUUUUGUUUACACGUUUUUUGUACGGUAUUUUAAAAUUAUCAUUUAAAAAUUUCUAUAGCCUUCCAUUUGUACAGCACUUUCUCAAGAGCUCUGUCAGCACCAAGUGCAAAGUAACUUCUUUUAAGAAAUGAUUCUAAUAUGUAAUCAUGUGACGGGGCAUAAAUUUUGUUACUUGGGACAGUGGCUUUCCCACUAAGAUAAUUGCAUGAACUCUGUUAAAAUUGACCGUCAUUUCAUCACUGACUUUGUUUUUAAACCCUUGCAAUAUACCUGGUUUUUACAGGAUUUUAAAAUAUGUAAACAUAACUUCUCAGAAAAUGUGUCGUGAAGUCACUCCUCAUUUGGGCUGAAUGCAUGUUUUAUAUAUUCCUUUUGUAUGUUUCUCUCUGUUUUGUUAAGUCUUCCGUCCGCACCGCCCUCAUCCCUGCCCAAGUUCAUGUUGAGAACAGAAUAGGAUUUUCUGGGGCGUGUCGUUGAGGGGUCAGGAGUGAGAUGUGUGCUCCUCUUAAUAGUGACAUGCUGGCACCAUCUAUUUCAGAGUGAUAAAAAGGUCUGUUUUUCUGUCCUCAGUGGUUACCACCCCCGUCGCUGGCAGUGGGCUGGGUGUGGGGAGAACCUCGGCUCCUCAUGGUGGGGCCUCUGUGGCCGUCUUCCCUUUCCUACUCUCUGGAAAUACAGUGUCUUUAAUCUUCGCACAAAAUAUAUUUUGCAGCAGAUAGAUGGUCUUUAGUAGCAGAAAAAUCCCGUUAUGUAAAAGGUUGUAGUUCUGUUUCACGUUAAUUCAAUGUGUGUAUAUAGAAGUUCGUUAUUUUUCUAUAUAAAAAAUGUAAUCUCUGAUGAUGGUUGCAGUUCCCCCGAUACUCGUAAUAUAAUUUUAUGUGCUUAGUUUUGUCCUUUUUUUUUUAACAACUAAAGAGAGAUCUUUGUUCCACAUUUGAAUUUUUUAUUUGCACCUCUGUAUUUUAAACCCAACCAUAGUCAUUUUAAAUAAUUAAGUAGGCCUGAAAAAUCAAUCACAAGUGACCUGUCAAAUACCUUCUCCAUUUAAUUCCUUCUAAAACCUUCAAAACUGACGUUAAGUUGUAACUGUCAGUCCCUACUGAACCACAGACGCGAGAGGAAGCUUGUCCGAGACCCCAGCACGCUGUGCACCGGUGGGCCGGGCUCAUCUCCAGCGCACAGAUGGAGGGCGGGGAGCGGUGGCCGUGUCCCCCUCGGGUCCCUCCUCCGCUCCGUGUGCCCACCGAGGUGAUAGCAUGUGAGACAGGCGACGUAACUAAAUAAAACCUGGCUGAACGGU